AAGAUAUGAAAAAAGGUACGUUGAUAAAUGACAAAAAUGUUUUAUCAAAAAUAUCGAUAUUAUAGAUAAUAACAUUGUUGAUCAUGCAUUAAUUAAAGAUGUGUGAUGGAUAGUGUUAGCAUAUGAACCGUAGCUUAUAACGAACAUGAGUUCUUCAAUUGACCUUGGAAGCUACAGAAGAGGAGACCAUUUCGAAUUGUCAUUAACGGGCAGCAAACAAAUAAACAGAAGCAGUAAAAAUCUGUGUGCAAUAUGCUUGGACAAAUACAGAAACCCAAAAUAUUUACAAUGCUUACAUGCGUUCUGUGAACAACCAUGUCUCCAGAGUCUGCUUGACAGAUCGGAGAACAACAUUUUCAAGUGUCCCUUAUGUCGACAAAGUUAUAAUGUGCUGACCUUUGAAUGUGUAUCUUCUGAGUCUACAGCAAAUGAAGAUGUUCCUCUACUUGUCGAAAGAACAGAGCAAAGAACAGAGCAAAGAACAGAGCAAAGCACAGCAGAGUCGAAUACAUGUGAACGAUUUUACACUUUAAGCGUUUUAGUUGUAGUGUUUCACUUUUGCAUCAUUAGCGUUGCUAGAAUAGUAUUAGGGUUAUAUUCUCAUGAAUGUAAAGAGCUAUUGUAUGCUUAUCAAAUUGCGAAAGGGUUGAUAGACAUUUUCAUUGCACUGUCAUACUGCAAAAAUCAAACAGGAGUAUGCACUACAAUUCUGUUGGGCGUUUCAAUCAUUGGGCUUAUAUUAGGUACUAUGGUAGCCUGGGAGACGACAGAAGACGACAGUGAAUGUCAUUUUCUAAUAGUAUUUUCCCGCUAUUACGUUGUUGCCGACGGCAUUUUGAUCUUAUUCAUCCUCAUUUGCGGAAGACGAUUAAUCACAAAAAUCUUGGAUUUAAUACGAUGUUAACAAAACAAUACUGUAUGAUGAAUAUGUAUAUUUUCAAUUUUUCAAAAGAAGAUAAAGUCUUGUUCGUUCAAAUCAUUAGUCAUAAUAUGUGUGACAAUCUAUUAGUUAUAACAUAAUAAAUGUCAAAAGAUAUCGGUUUCUAUAAACAAAAUAAUAAUUAACGUGUAUAUAUAUAUAUAAAUUGCUUAUAUCUAUGAAUCUACAUAAUUAAGGUCGACAUUGACAUGACAAAUUGGAAUAAACGUAGUCAAUCCGCUUACUUUUUGUUAUAGUGUUUAGUUUGUUAGUGUAGGUUAGACAGAAAUACCGUAUCCGUUCUUUGUACGAGCGUAGUCCUACAAUUGUGUUCAAUGUCCUUAGGGAAGUUUUGAAAAAUCGCGAUUGGUGGGAUUAAUGGCAUACGAAUCGAUGGAAAACAAUAAUUACUCAUAUAUAAUAAUCGUAUUUGAGCAAACCUUUCCCAGAGAGCCAAUGAUUUAAAUUAAUACAUUCAAGAUAUAAAACAUGUCAACAUAGCCUUAACUUCGCGUUUAACAUUAUUUAUGAUUUUAAUUUUUAGUAUUAUUAUAACAAUGUUAUGAAUCCCCCUAUGUUUUGUAUUCAUUAUCUUUAACUAAGACUUAUUUUUACAUAUUUUUUCAAAAUAUCAUACUGACUUUUUAAAGUGCCACUAUUUUAA